AUGCGAGGGAGACGGCUUUCAAGCCGGGCUGUUAUCCACUAUCAAAGCCUUUCCGUCGCGGAUGCUGGUGAGAUCCACCUGCUGCUGUGCAGAUCAGAAGAGGCAUGCGGGGAGGCCAUUCAUGUUGCGUGCCGACUUCAGGAUAUCGAUGUCGUUGUCCUUGUCGUUAUCGCUGCUCGCGACACGGCCAAUCAAAAGGGAGCGAGCGGUCUGGCGACAGUGGGCUUUGUGGGGAAAGCCGGACAAGAGUGGGGAUCAGCCGACGAACGAUACCGGUAUUCCCUAGACGAAGUGAGUCAAGCCAGCUCGAAAGCCGCAUUCUAUAGUAUAUCUGAUUCCGCGGGCGCUCGGAAUCUGAGGUACGGCUCUGCCCCCAUUGCCAUCAUGCCAAAUAUCGUAGUUGUCGGUGCUGGUGUUUCCGGCCUCACCACUGCCUUGCUGCUGUCGCGGAAAGGGCACAGCGUGACCGUAAUAGCAAAGCACAUGCCCGGCGACUAUGAUAUCGAGUACACUUCACCUUGGGCAGGAGCAAACUACCUCCCGGUCUCCCCCCAACGUGACAAUCGCUGGGAGAAGAAGACAUGGCCUGAGCUGGCCCGUCUCGCGGAGCAUGUCCCCGAAGCCGGCAUCCAUUUCCAAGAUGCGGUCGUCUACAACCGUCUCAAGGACGCCCACGCCACCACCGGCCAAUGGUUCCACGAGCUGCUCUCCACGCGUCCCUGGUUCGCCUCCGUCGUGCCUGGAUUCCGCGUCCUCGAGAGAUCCGAGCUCCCGGCUGCCGUGGAUUCUGGCACGCUGUUCACGUCAGUGUGUAUCAACACCGCCGUCUACCUGCCCUACCUGGUCUCCCAGUGCCUCAAGAACGGCGCGACGGUCAAGCGGGAGGUCAUCUCGCACAUCGCUGACGCGGGUGCGCUCCACUCUGCAGGCGCAGCGGACGUGGUGGUCAACUGCACCGGCCUGCUGGCAUGCAGGCUCGGCGGCGUGAUGGAUCCAGACGUGGUACCUGUCCGCGGCCAGAUUGUCGUCGUGCGCAACAGCCCCGGCGGCGCCAUGUUCACCGUUUCCGGGACGGAUGAUGGCGACGACGAGGUCUCGUAUGUCAUGCAGCGCGCUGCUGGCGGCGGUACGAUCCUCGGCGGCACGUACCAGGAGGGCCAUUGGGAGUCGCAGGUCGACCCGAACCAGGCCAUACGGAUCAUGAAGAGGGCAGUGGAGAUGUGCCCGCAGCUGACUAGGGGUAAGGGCAUCGAGGCGCUGAGUGUGGGUGAGGCAUGGGGUGGGCUUGCGACCACGGAGGAAGGGCGGGGUGAGGAUGGAGAAGGAGCGGCUGGCUGGGGGGUAGUUAUGGGUGCUCGGAGGGCGCCGUGGAGCUGGUCGAAGAGAUUCUGGGAAGUAAGGCGAAGCUGUGAUGGACGCGAAGGGGACGCCAAGGUCGGUGUAGAUCUGCUUUUCGAGAAGACCGACAACUGGUCUCAAAUACAUUUCCUAGAAAUCCUCGGGAACUUUGUGGCAUGA